AUGUCUCUCACUUUCAAUACAUCGUCGUUGAAAUGGGCUGCUCCAGAAGGGCAAGCAAUUGUCAAGAUUACCAACCCGACAACAACUCGUUUCGCCAUUAAAAUAAAGACGAGUAAUGUGGAUACUUACAAAACGACUCCAAAUACCGACUUUAUUCAUCCAGGUUACACUUUGAACCUUGUUGUUCUUCGCUCGAAAUCACCAAUGAAGGAGGACAAGUUGGCUAUAAAUUAUAUUGAGAGCGAAUCCGGGGAAACCGAUGCUGCGGAAGUGUUCAAAAAACCUGGAAUUCGUCCGAACGUCUACAUGAUCACAAUGAGAUGCGAGGAGACUCCACCGGCUCCUGGAGCUCCGUAG